CCGGGAUCGAAAAUCAAGCCGCAAAUCAGCGAAGAAGAAGCAGUUCGUUUGGCCGAACGUCUGUAUGGCAUUUCAACACGUGACAUCUCCGAACUAGUAUCAUAUGAUGAUAAAAAUUUUCUCAUUCAUGUGGACACAAAUAUUAAAAAUCCGAUUAUACCGAAUGCUUGGCCGCACGGCUAUGUUUUGAAAAUUGUCAAUUCGCUCGAUACGAAAAAAGCGAAAUUCUUCGACGGACAAACGCAAUUGGUUCUAUUUUUGCGCCAGCAAGGAAUCAAUUGUCCAAAACCAGUUAUGAAUAUUUUCGGCAAGUAUAAUUCAAUUGAGAAAAUUGGCGAAUCGUUGCAUUUGGUGCGUUUGCUAGAGUUCAUCCCAGGCCGAAUAUUCAACGAUGUACUGAAAACGAAGCAUUUAUUCUAUCAAGUCGGUGAAUUUGUGGCGAAAAUUGAUUCGGCAUUGAAACGCUUCCAACACGAUGCGUACGACAAUCACAAAACAGUCUGGAUGCUGGAAUCGGUAACACAAUUGACAAAAUUACUGUACGCAAUCAACGAUCCGAAAAAGCAAGAGCUGGUCCAAGAGGUGCUGGCCGAUUUUAAAGAAAAUGUUUUAUCGCGUAUCGGCGAUUUCGCAAAGGGUGUCAUCCAUGGCGAUUGUAACGAGCAUAAUUUGAUUGUUACAAAAGAUUCACCGGAAUUGGAGGAGUUUCGUGUGACGGGCGUCAUUGAUUUCGGCGACACUUCACAAUCAUUGUACAUAUUUGAAUUGGCAAUUACUAUCGCUUACAUGAUAUUACAGUCAUGUGAACUCGAAACGGCUGGAUAUGUCAUUGCUGGCUAUCAGCAACUACGUCUCAUCCCACAGAAUGAACGUAACGUGCUUACGAUUUGUGUUGCAGCACGUUUGUGUCAAAGUCUUGUGAUGGGCGCCUACACCCAUUUACUCGAUCCAGAAAAUGACUACCUGUUGUCAUCUCAAGAAAAUGGAUGGAAAAUGUUGACAUUACUACGGGAAACACCAAAAGAUGGACUUGAAGAACUUUGGUUCACCACCGCCGACGAAUACUUGAAACAAAGCGAUAAACGCUAGAAAAUAAAGUGAACAAUCAUUUUUUUCGGAAAUUUUGACUGCAGUUAAAUGCGGAAUUGUACAUACACUUUUGGAAGCUCGAUUAAUUUCAAACAUCUUUGAACAAAUUCCAUCAAGGUGAUAUUUUUGGUCAGUCAAAUGCAAUAACUAGAGAUAUAAUAACUUUAACUGCAUAGGGAUUGAAAUACCCAUCAUAGUACAUAAUAUGAAAAGAAAAUAGCAUUCGGACAUCGAGUACACGCUAUUUGAAGUGUGACAUUUUACGAUUUGACUGAUAGAAAAUAAGAAUCUUUGAUUGAUAAAAUCAGAUUUUUCUAAUUUGAUUGGCCAAUGGCCAUUAGACUUUGUCUCCCUCUGAAUUCCUUCGGAAUACAAAAGAGAAGUACUUUGAAUGUUAGCACAAUUCGAGAAGUCGCAAAAUAAGCGAUUUUUUUAAAUCAAAGUUUUAUCAAAGCCGGGGCAAAUAAAAGCAAUUUCUAGAAGAAA